AAGAACGAGAACGAGAGGACGAGGGCGGGGGGGAAGAGAGCGAGCGAUGAGGGCAUUUCGGUCAUUUCAGUUCCCUCCACGACCGGCCCGAGGGCCGCGCUCGUGUUCCAAGCGGGAAACUCCGAGGACGGAUAAAGUCCUCUCUUUCGCCUCCCCGUGGAAGAACGAGAACGAGAGAACGAGAGAAAAGGAGAGAGACAGAGAGAGAGAGAGGAGAGCGAAAGGGGCAGAAAAAGGUGGGAUUUUUGUCCUCGAGACAGAGCAAGGGAAAAGGAGGAGGAGGGCAAUGGAGGACGUGGGGGGCACCGCGGCAUGGGUCGCGAGCCGCGCUUCUCACGUGAAGGUGGACUCCUCAGAACUUGAGAGAGUGGUGAAUAAUAUUCAAGGUUCAAUUCCAAAAGUUGAAUGGAAUUUUGAAGGGAUCCACUACUUUGACAAUGGGCCACUUACGGUUCAGUACCUAUUUGUUUUGGAUGCAUUGAACUUCUGUUUUUGGCCAGAUAAGGACUUGAACUAUGAUCAUUUGGCUUCGGGAUUAAAGGCAGCUUUGCAGAAGGACAAGUCUGCUCUUGAUGCAGAUCGUCUACAGAAUUACACUGGUCCUCAACUGCGUGAAUUUUUGAAGUGGCCGCGCCCACUUCCUCUGGAGGAUGAACGAGUACGGUUACUGCAUGAGGUUGGACUGGAACUGGAGAGAAGCUUUGGGGGACAGGCAGCCAACCUUGUAAAGUCUUGCGGAAAUUCUGCUAUAACUCUAGUUGCACUUGUGACACGUCACUUUCCAGGUUUUCGAGAUCAUUCAUUAUACAAGGGUCACCAGGUCUUCUUGUACAAAAGGGCACAAAUUUUUGCUGCUGAUUUGUGGGGUGCUUUCAAGGGCCAAAGUUUUGGAAAUUUCUACGACAUAGGCUCCAUUACAAUAUUUGCAGACUAUAUCGUCCCUGCUGUACUAAGACAGCUUGGUGUGCUGAAAUAUAGUUCAGCCUUAUCUAGCUCUAUUGAUUCUAACGACGAAAUAGGUGCUGGCAGUGAGGAGGAAGUCGAGAUACGUGCUUGCUCUAUUCAUGCUGUGGAAAAAAUGAGAGAACUUAUUGAAUCAAAAUUCAGGAAGCAGGUGCUGAGUGUGGAGAUGGAUCUCUGGCUCUGGUCCUACGGCGUUCAGAAGCCGUCUUUGCGGCAUCACCGCACACUUUCAAUAUACUAUUGAGUAAUUACAAGCUGCACAGUAUGGUCAUGACUGGUUUGUUUUCUAUCCUGUGAAGACAGGUGUGAGUUUCUUCUCAUCAGUGCAAUUUUUGAAGGUAGACAUCUUUCACUUCUUGUCCUGUUAAGGGGCCAAUUUUGAAGGGAUCCAUGUUUUCUGACUCUUUGGGCUACACUCACACCCGUUGUGUGGCCGAUGUACCAAAAAAAAAAAAAAAAAAAAAAAAAAAGAAAAGAAGGAGAAUCCAUGUUUUGAUUAGACACUAGGAUUUUGCGGAAUAGGCAACUCUUGAAGGGUAGAGAAUUUAUGGUUUAUAGAAAAAGAAAAACUUAUUGCUUUAUCUGGCAAUGACCCCAAAACUGAUGAAAAAUUAUUCAAGUAUGCAGGCCAAGGGGGCUUGCUCCUGGUUAUAGUUAAACUUGUAGAAAGCAAGCAAACAGUAAUUGAAUUUAUAAAUAAUGAUACAAAGAGCAAAAGUAAGAUGAAUAAUUUUAGAUUCUAUAGUGUCAUAAAUUGGUAAAUUGUAAAUAUUUUUUUUAUAUUUAUCUUAAAUUGUAAAAUCAAAUCUUAGAAAGCCUUUCAUUGGUACUUAUUUUUAUUUAACCUGAUUAAAACUAUGCAGUUAAAUACUUUGAAUCAUAUUAGAAAAUGCUGAAAAGAAUAUAAUCUUCAUCUUUCUUUUGACUUCAAUGGUAAAUUUUUUCUGUUCAUUUUUCAGUCUGAUGCUAAAAAAGGUUUUGGCUAAAUAAAUCUAGAUAAGUAGAUUGCCACACAAGAUAGAGAUUCAAAUCCAUUGUGCCAAGCCCCGAUGUAUUUAUUGCUGUUCUUUUGGAUGGCUUGCAAACUUUUGGAGAUUAAAAUCCAUUGUCGUCUCACCUGGCCAUGGACUUUAAUGAAACCGAAUUACUGUCUGAUGUUGUAUGAGAUUCUUGGUGCAGUCAAACCAGAGUUGGGUCAACCGUCAGCAGAGGGCCGACACAGCCAACAAAACAUCGAAAUCUUACUCAGACCGAGCUUGUGAAUGAACUCAAAAUUUUAACUUGAUUAUAAAUUACCAAUAGGCUUGGGUCAGGUGUGAAUUGGCCAAUCCAAAUUGCAGCCACGGGAAAGAUCACAGGAAUCUCUUGUUGAUUGUAAGAUAAAUGCAAGGAAAACUUUGUUGAGCUAGCAGGUUGGAAGUGGGCCAUAUUUAGGAAAUCUCCAAUGCAGAAGGCUUUCUCUCCUUCCGCCAUUGCUUCCAAGUCUCUUGGACAAUAUUAAUGUUCGGACACAUACUUAGCCUUGGUCUUCUGGAUCAAAUCAUUGCUGCCAGUUGGGUUUUGGCACUUUGCCAGGUUUUCCUAGACAUGAACUCAUGGAAACAGUCUGUGGGACAGCGUUACAGGGAUCAUAUAUGUGAAGCAUGCUAUAUGGACUGCUAGGGUCAGAUCUGGUUCUUAUCAGCUUGUUCUUAAGUUUCAUUCAUUCUGGUUGGCUCA